CGCGCAGCGCCGCGCCGUGUCUCCAACUCCUUGGCGAUUCAUUCAAAGACCGUAACCACAGUGGGAAUCGAUCUAUGGAUUGGAGUCCAUGCCUGUUUCGUUUUCUUUGUCAUUUCUGGGUUGAGAAAUGAUAUUCUCUUCUGCUGGUCCGGCGAUUCUGGAUAGCCGAAGUGAAAGCUAAUGGACAAAAAUGGCGCAGUCUCAUGGCCGGCUGCGAUAAUCUCUCACUCCAAACAUGGAGGGCGGCGACAAACCGCAGCACCCGAAACGAGUAUUAUCUUUCGGUCCCCAAUCAUGGCCCUUUCUGCCAGAGAUCGAGUGCGACAAAUCGGUUCGGAGGAUAUACAGCAGAGAGGCCAUGGAUGAUGGAGACCUGACAUCGACAUGGCACCAAGAUACUGCGUUACGUCUCUUAGUUCGCCUUGAUUUCGACAUAAAUGCCCGACUACAGAGUAUCCCCUACCACAAAUCCUCAUUAUGGAGAAGAAGAGUGGGAAUCGGGAGCUGAACCCAUUUCAGUACCGUCACCCUCUUCUACUGUUGUUCUGCGUUCUGUUUUUCUGCUUAUACCCAUUAAAUGGGGAACUAGCCGACCCGAUUGGCCACGGGUACAGAGUUGUAUCAGCCGGAAUCGAUCCCUCGGCCGGCAACUCCUUCGUCGUCGACCUGAAGCUGAUCAACCAGUCUUCAGUUUUUGGUCCUGACAUUGAGAGACUUACCCUCACUGUCAGUUUCUUCUCUGCUUUCUUGUAUGUGCAUAGCUUCGAGACGGAGGAUCGCCUGCGGAUACGUAUCACAGAUGCCAAACACAAGAGAUGGGAGAUCCCUCGAGAAAUCAUCCCACGUCAAAAUAACACCUUGGACUCGAACUUAGCCCAUCACCAUUCCGAGCAACAAGGCCUCGUUUUAUCACUCCCGAACUCAGACCUCACCUUCACACUCCUCAACGCCACUCCAUUCGGCUUCACCGUGUCUCGCCGUUCCUCGGGGGACGCCAUUUUCGAUGCCUACCCGAACCCAUCGGAUCCGGAGACGUUCCUGGUAUUCAAGGACCAGUAUAUCCAACUCACUUCUUCACUUCCCGGCGAGAAAAGGGCUUCACUUUAUGGUUUGGGAGAGCACACAAAGAAGUCAUUCAAGCUGGUGCCUAAUGAAACACUCACAUUGUGGAACGCCGACAUUGCUAGCUUCAAUCCUGAUGUCAAUCUCUACGGGUCUCACCCCUUUUACAUGGACGUUCGGUCAGCAUCCCCUGACGGUAAGGUGAAAGCCGGCACAACUCAUGGAGUUCUGUUGCUUAACAGCAACGGCAUGGAUGUAACUUAUGACGGUGAUAGAGUUACUUACAAGGUUAUUGGUGGAGUCAUUGACCUGUACAUUUUUGCUGGGCCAACACCAAAUUUGGUACUGGAGCAGUACACAGAGCUCGUUGGCAGGCCGGCUCCUAUGCCAUACUGGUCUUUCGGGUUUCAUCAAUGCCGAUGGGGCUACAGAAACGUUUCGGAUCUUAAAGGGGUAGUUGCUGGUUAUGCAAACGCUGGUAUACCCCUGGAAGUAAUGUGGACCGAUAUUGAUUACAUGGAUGCAUACAAGGAUUUUACUCUUGAUCCCGUCAAUUUCCCACCUACUGAGAUGGAUAAGUUUCUUGCAAGUUUACACCAAAAUGGUCAGAAAUAUGUCCUCAUCUUGGAUCCUGGUAUCAGCAUAAACUCGUCAUAUGCAACUUAUACAAGAGGAAUGAAGGCUGACAUUUUCGUCAAACACAAUGGGUCUCCUUACGAGGGCGUGGUUUGGCCUGGACCAGUCUACUUCCCUGACUUUCUCAAUCCAGCAACUGCAGAAUUUUGGGGCAAUGAGAUCAAGAUGUUUCGAGAGAUUCUUCCCUUCGAUGGCAUAUGGCUUGACAUGAACGAAGCAUCCAAUUUCAACACCACUUCUCCCACUCCCAAUCAAUUCUCACCCUUCGAUGAUCCUCCAUACAAGAUUAAUGAUGCUGGAGUGAGACGGCCCAUUGAGAACAACACACUGCCGCCGACAGCUCUCCAUCACGGCGAUGUUGCAGAGUACAAUGUUCAUAACAUGUAUGGGAUGUUGGAAUCGAAAGCCACCAAUGCAGCUUUGGUUAGUUUGACUGCAAAGAGGCCGUUCAUACUUUCUAGGUCCACAUUUGUGGGUUCUGGGAAGUACACAGCACAUUGGACCGGGGAUAAUGCCGCCACAUGGGAUGAUUUGGCUUACUCCAUUCCGUCGAUUCUUAACUCUGGACUCUUUGGACUUCCAAUGGUUGGUUCAGACAUUUGUGGGUUUGCUCGGAACACAACCGAAGAGCUUUGCCGGCGUUGGAUUCAGCUAGGCGCUUUCUACCCAUUUGCAAGAGACCAUUCUGCCAUAGACACAACACGACAAGAGCUCUAUCUCUGGGAUUCAGUAGCUGCGACAGCCAAGAAAGUGCUCGGGCUGCGCUACCAGUUACUUCCUCACUUUUACACCCUUAUGUAUGAGGCACACACCAAAGGAACCCCCAUAGCACGCCCUCUCUUCUUCUCCUUCCCUCAAGACAUUCAAACUUACGACAUCAGCUCGCAGUUCCUACUCGGCGACAGCAUAAUGGUAUCCCCUGCGUUGAAGCCUGGUGCUAUCUCAGUCGAUGCCUACUUCCCAGCAGGCAACUGGUUUGAUCUCUUCAAUUUCUCCAAUUCAGUAACUGCACCGGAGAAAGGAGAGUACAUAAACCUGCCUACUCCAGCAGACCACAUAAACGUUCAUGUUCAGGAAGGAAGCAUCGUGGCUUUACAAGGAGAAGCCAUGACAACAGAGAAAGCUCGAGAGACGGGAUUCCAUCUCCUUGCUGUAGUCAGUGAGAGUAACCAAAGCCACAGCUUUGGACAAGUUUUCUUGGACGAUGGGGAGAGCGUGGAAAUGGGCGGCGGUGAAGGUGAGAGGUGGAGCUUGGUGAAGUUUCAUGCUCGCAAAGUUGGAGACAUGGUUAUCGUUGGAUCGGAGAUAGAGAAUGGAGAGUUUGCAAUGAGCAAGAAGUGGGUUGUAAACAAAGUGACGAUCUUGGGAAUGGACAAGAGUCAGAAGGGGAUGUCUUUGGGAGGCACGAAAAUGGAGGGGGGAAGGAAGAUGAAGCCAAGUACUGUGAGGACAAAUGUUGUGAAUGGCAAUGGGAAGUUUGUUGUAUUCGAGAUUUCGGGUUUGUCUUUGAAAAUUGGACAAGCGUUCCAGUUGAAGGUGAGAUAUGGCAAGGAAGAAGCGACCACCAGCGUUGCCGUGUAUCGGAAGGAAAAUGGUGACUGGUCAUUGGAUGUUUAGAAGACCCAGUGAACUCCCAGGUUUCAAUCGGAUUGGAUUCGCCAGCUUCUCUGACCUCUGUGGUAACUGCCCCUGCAGCCUUUACGCCUUCAACCAAUUUUUCCUCCUCGUCUUCCCAGUUACCCGUUUCCUCCUCUCGUUUCUGUUUUGUUUUGGUAGAAAGAUUGCUGAAAUUUGGUCCCGCCUAAUGAAUACUCGGGUAUUCAUGCAAGUUCUUACAAUUACAAGUAUGCCUCAUGGCUAAAUUUGCCGAGUACAGAAAUCACAUUGUGGGAAAAACGGCCGGUUAUUGGUCUGUGAACCUUCUUCUAGUUGAAUUUCAGUUUCUUCUACUGAGAAUAGCUUAGUAGACUUCAAGUUCCCCUGUGAUACAAGUACAUUUUGGCCCUUUUGGAUGAUAUAUUGUUUGGUGAUUUCUCGAGUAAGAUGUAUUUAUGAAGUAAGCAUCACCCAAUUUCUUUCGAGACCCUUCAUGCUGUGACAACGAUGAUGUGGGAAACAAACUGAUGGAUGCAUAUUAUGGACAACAGUAAAUUUGGCAGCUGCUUUAAUGCAGUUCUCCUACUAGCGUCCUGCUCACCGUGGUAAGUUACAUUUUGUUAAUUCGAGUGGGAAUUGCGAUAUAUUAGAAGUGUGG